AUGUCGAACGAAAGCAACCAGAUCAAGAUCGGUGCAUACCUGCUCGAGCGCCUCGUGCAGCUUGGCUCGCAAAGCGUGCAGGGAGUGCCGGGCGAUUUCAACAUGGGAUUCCUCGACCUUAUCGAAGAGCAUCCGAAGCUCAAAUGGAUCGGCAACUCGAACGAGCUGAAUGCGGCUUACGCUGCGGAUGGGUAUGCGCGUGUCAAGCGCACCAUUGCUGCUGUGGUCACCACAUUUGGUGUGGGCGAGUUGAGCGCGCUUAACGGGAUUGCAGGUAGCUUCUCCGAGAGAUUGCCCGUGAUUCAUGUGGUGGGGGUGCCUUCGACCGGUGCACAGGGCUCGCACUCGUUGCUCCAUCACACGCUGGGAGAUGGUCGCUUUUCGGCGUUCGAGAACAUGAGCAAGGAGAUCUCGGCGGACAGUGCGAUCCUCAAGUCCAAACAGGGCGCAGGUGAAUCCAUCGACCGAAUCCUCAUCACGGCCAUGAAGAGCGCCCGUCCUGUCUACCUUGCACUUCCCACCGAUCUGGUUCAUGCUACCAUCCCUGCCGAAGCUCUCAAGACGCCACUCGACUACAGCAUUGACGAUAACGACGCCAAGGCCGAAGAGUAUGUGCUCCAAGUCGCACAGAAACAUAUUGCCGACGCCAAAUCCGCCGUGAUCCUCGUCGAUGCCUGCGCUGCACGCCACGGUUGCAUCCAAGAGACGCACGAGCUAAUUGAAAAAUCGGGUCUUCCUGUAUUCGCCACUCCCAUGGGCAAAACCAUCGUCGACGAAGACCACGCUCAGUACGGUGGCAUUUAUGUCGGCAGCCUCACCAGCGAAAAGGUGAAAAACGUAGUCGAGCAAGCUGACGUCCUCAUCACUGUCGGCAGUUUGAAGUCGGAUUUCAACUCGGGUAACUUUUCCUAUCGAACGCCCAAGUCGAGCACCAUCGAGCUGCAUUCCGACUACACCACUAUUGGCUACUCGCACUACCCUGGCAUUGGCAUGAAGAAGCUGCUUCCCAAGCUCAGUGCUCUGUUGGAAACGAACGGUGACGCACGUAGGGAGGAAACCAAAAAGAUUGUGCCCAAGUUUGAAAACGCCUUGCCGCACGACUCGUCGUCGACAAUCACACAGGAGUGGUUGUGGCCGAGGAUGGGACAGUUCUUCCAAGAGCAAGAUCAAGUGAUUGUGGAAACGGGAACGUCGAGCUUCGGAAUGCUGGAGGCCAAGCUGCCUGCCAAGACACGUUGGGUCUCGCAAGUGCUAUGGGGGUCUAUCGGCUGGUCUGUCGGUGCUACCCUCGGCGUCGCGCUCGCGGCGCGAGAGAAUGCGCUAGGACGCACCCACCUGUUUGUCGGCGACGGUUCGCUCCAACUCACGGUCCAAGAGAUCGGCACCAUGAUCAAACACGGUCUCUGCCCGUACCUCUUCAUCCUCAACAACGAUGGCUACGAAAUUGAGCGCCAGAUCCACGGCCCCCAACGCAGUUACAAUGAUAUUCCGCCCUACGACCAUAGUCUGUUGCUCGACUUUUUCGGCAACGAAAAGUUCCACUCCGACGCAAAGAGCCACGAAAACGAUCCUCACCAAAGCAAGAAGCAGUAUUACAGGGUGCAAACCAAGCAGCAGUUGGACGAGCUCUUGAAGGACCAAUCGUUUGCCAAUCCCGAUCGCAUCAGAUUGAUCGAGGUCGUCAUGCAAAGAGGCGAUGCUCCUGAGGCGUUGAAGAGACAAGCUGAGGCUACGGGUCAGGCGAAUAAGUAUGAGUAG